UUCAGCUCCCUUACGCUGUUUUCCUUUGGAAGCAGUCUGUCUGCCGCGGACAAAAUGUCCAAAAUCAGGAUAAUUGUACAAAAGACCUUGAUUCUUUUGUAUGUAUCUCUGUAUGUUGCUGUUGGUAAAAUUCUGAUGAUAUUGUUCCCAGAAAUGAUGAAAAGAUAUAUUCUAAAACAGGGGCAAAAGAGUAGCAUAGGCACAAAUCCAAAGUUCAGCUAUGAGAACUGGGGUCCGACUUUCUUCAGCUUGAAAUAUUUACUCUUUGUUUUGAAAGUGAAGUGGAAAAGGCUGGAAGAUGAAGCGUUUUUAGGACAUAAUGCUCCCAACACCCCAGUGGCAGACUUCAGGGGUGAAAUGCAUCACAUCUUGGACUUCAUGCAAGACAACAGGCCUUUAGUCCUGAAUUUUGGAAGCUGCACCUGACCUUCAUUUCUUUUCAAAUUCAGCAAGUUCAACAAGCUUGUUGAAGAUUUUAACUCCGUAGCAGAUUUCCUUAUAAUCUAUAUCGAAGAAGCUCAUGCAACAGAUGGAUGGGCUUUUAAAAACAACAUUAUUAUUAAAAAUCACCGAAACCUUCAAGAUCGAAAAAAGGCUGCACAAUUUCUUUUGAAGGAGAAUCCUUUAUGCCCAGUGGUUUUAGAUACUAUGGAAAACCUGAGCAGUUCAAAAUACGCAGCUCUGCCAGAAAGACUUUAUCUGGUGCAAGGAGGAAAGGUUGUUUACAAGGGUGGAGUGGGACCUUGGAAUUAUCAUCCAGAGGACAUACGUGCAAUCUUGGAAAAACUAAAAUAGGUGAACAAAUCAGAAUCCCCAAGAAUAAAGUGGUCUAUCUGGAAAAAGUGGUCCCUGAACAACUUAUUCUGACCUUUUUCAAAAUAUAUUUUUACUGCAGUUUAUUUUAAAAUAAUUAUAGAAACCAGAGGUUAAAAAUAUAUACUUACCCAGAAGAAAAAAAAAUGAGUAGACAAGGAUAUAGCAUGAGUUAUACCUUAUUCAAGAAUCAGACAUCAACAUGGCUUGAUUCAACACCAUUUGACAUUAAUGGAAAAGCUCUCUAAGAAUGCUAGCCCAGAUAUGGAGUCAUAGAUGUAACCAUCAACUACAGGUCAGCAUAUAGGAAAUACAAGUAAAACAAAAGAGAGAGAAUAAAAGGAGUACAAAAAUCAAAAGUGUUUAAUAGAUUUCAUCGCUACCCUGUUCAUACACCCUUGGACCAAAAUUUUUCAUACAGUGAAACUACUCGUCUCUAAAAAAAAAUCCUGGAUAUUAUUCCGAAUGUGUAAUGGCUUUCAUACGCCCAUUCUUAAUAGUUUAGGUAGCAUCUGAUAUAAUGAAACUUAAUAUUAAAUAACAGAAAAUAAAUUGUGUCUAUAUUCACUACACUUUGAUUAGCUCAAGAUUUCUUGUAAUUAAAAUAUGAACUAGUGAGUGGAAAGAAAAAUAUAUUUUAUUCCACUGAACAUUAUCAUUUAGUGCCCAAUCCUUCAGUUCUGAUAAAGGUAAAAUUCCCACUGAGAUUAAUGGCAGUUUUUUGCCUGCUUUAGGACUGCAAGAUUAAUCCCCUUGAGUUUUGAAACCGGGCCUGGUCAGUGAAACCUUACCCGUAAUACAUCCUGGUGCAACGGAUUCAGAUAAUGUUCAGUAUCACAGAUACAGCAAUGGAACAUGUUAUAACUAGUCACUGAAGUACUUUUUGAAACUGAAAUCUAUAAAAUAAAUAUUAGUAAUUAAAAGCUGUACAAAUGGCUUCGAUGAAUGUUGGAGUAGGGUAUUAGCAAACAAAACAAAUGAUUGCACACUGAUCCCUCUUUUAAAAAAAGAGAGGCAGUUUCUAUUAUCUACCGGCAGCUUUUCUAAAUGUUCACUUGUACGCACUUCAGCAAGUUUAAUGAAUGAAACAAUUUGUAUUGAUGUACAUCAGCAUUGGUUCUAUUAAUAUUUGUUUAUGACAGUCAUAGCAUAAAGCACAGGCAGCUGUGACCUGAUUUGUGAAAAUAUUUAUAGAGGCAAUGAGCUAAAUAGGAGCAAUUAAAAUAUAUUAAACCAUCUCGAGUGGCUUCAGCUUGGUAUUUAAAUAUUUCAAUAGAAGUUAUA